AUAAACAGAGGUGGUCAUCUUCCCACUCCAUCAGUCCCUUUGAUUUUGAAGCCAAACGAAGAGCCCUAAAAUUUCGUGCUUUUUGUUUUUUUAAUCGCUGCCAUGGUCUCGCGCUUUCCGUCCUCCACUGCCACGGCCACCACCGCCUCCUCCUCCUUCUUCGCCUUCCUCUCCGAAGACGUCGUCCUUGACAUCCUCGCCAAACUCGAAUCCGAUCCACGCGACUGGGCCCGCCUCGCCUGUGUCUCCUCCCGCUUCUCCUCUCUCGUCCGCGCCGUCUGCUUCCGCUCCCACUGCUCCCGCUAUCUCCCUCCGGAUCUCCUACCCUCAACCGCCGCCGGCGCUGUCGCCUGGUCGUCCCUCCAUAAGCUCUCCGUCUGCUGCCCCGGCCUCCACCACGCCGGCGUCCUCCUCGAGCACUCCGAUUUCGGACUCGAGCGCGACAUCGGCCCUCAUCUGGCUCCUCCCGGCCCCUCCUUUUCUUCGUCCUCCUGUUCGAGCGAUCCGCGAAAUCCCCCCUCACAGGCCCUCUCCGAUGUUUCUUGCUGGUCCCUCUUCGAUGACCUCUACUUCGACACCGUCUACGACAGCUCAGAAGCUCAAGAUGUCGCCUGUACGCCGAUCGAACCCUCCCCAGGCGAUAACCAACCCAUUACAGUCGGUUCGAUUGCCCCCAAUAGGAGGACGAAACCCUGGGCAGGGCCGACAAGCUCCCAUUUGGCUACCGGGCCUUGGACUCUGAGCCGUGUGCAGGGCAACAAGCUUCUCGCCAGCCGUUACAGGAAUGAUUGCCUUUAUAUAUGCGACUGGCCUGGAUGCACUCACGCAGGAGAGAAGCGGAAGUACAUGCUGUUUAGGGGGAUGUUCAAAAACUUCAAGCGAUCGAGGGUGUGGAAGACGAUAAAUGAUUUGAACAAAGGUAAGAUCCGGUUGGCUUGUGCUUUCUGUGCUUGCAGGGAGACGUGGGAUCUCCACUCUGCAUUUUGCUUGAGGAGGGUCUUUGGAUUUCAUGACGAUGGGGAGCCAGUUGUGAGGGCCUAUGUUUGCGAGAAUGGUCAUGUUUCUGGAGCAUGGACCGAGACACCAUUGUAUGAUUAAAGAUAGCAGACUACCAGUGUUUAUUGCUUACUAUUAUGGUUAUGCAUUGUUAGUCUAGGACUUUGCCAACCCUGAAGACUUUUGGCUUUGCAAUUGUUGUUUUCGACUUGGCCCAAAGUGGACAUCUUUUGUCUCAGCAAUUAGCUUGUUGCUGUGAUCCACGAAGGCCAUGGCUUAGACAUCUGCUGCUACAAUUUUCAUUUUUUUUUCCGGGCCUUUUUCUGAUUCUGUUUAGUGAGGAAUAAUAUGGGGACAAUCCACUCUGCUGCAUCAUCUUCUGUGGGUUUGAUCAUGCUAUGACUUCAAGAAAAGAAGAUGACUACGCUCGCCCUCAGCGCCCUGCCAACCCGUCCGAAGGUCAAUACUGAGGAGAUAAAUCACGAGUGACUACUAGCCUUUGGAAUAAUGAAUGACACAUGAGAGAGGCAUUGCUUGCGCUUUACCCAAUAUAGUAGUAUGUGACUGAUGUUAUGGAACAAAAUUAAGUUGAAGACCCUCUUUGAUACAUGGCACCUCUAACUAAAUGAUGGUAUUCAGUUUAACUAAAUGAAGACAAUUAUUGAAAUAUAUGGUACACAUGUAAACUAGUAAGAAUUAUAAAAAAUGAUAGUAAAGCUUGCUCACAAA